AUGGACUCGCAACGGCAAAACGAUGUGUCGCCCGAGGCGAUGCAGGCGCGCAUCCAGCAGGCGCGCCGCGAGGCCGAGACGCUGAAGGACAGGAUCAAGCGGAAGAAGGAUGAGCUGGCAGACACGACCCUGCGCGCCGUGUCGCAGCAAUCCCACGACUCCAUCCCCAAGAACCAGUUAAUGAAGACAAAGAGGACGCUGAAGGGCCAUCUGGCCAAGAUCUAUGCUAUGCACUGGUCUACAGACCGGAGGCAUCUGGUUUCUGCCUCGCAGGAUGGAAAGCUGAUUAUUUGGGACGCCUACACCACGAACAAGGUCCACGCUAUCCCGCUGCGCUCCUCGUGGGUCAUGACCUGCGCCUAUGCCCCGAGCGGUAACUACGUCGCCUGCGGUGGUCUCGACAACAUCUGCUCCAUCUACAACCUCAACCAGAACCGGGACGGCCCGACUCGAGUCGCCCGGGAGUUGUCCGGCCAUGCUGGCUACCUGUCGUGCUGUCGCUUCAUCAACGACCGCAGCAUCCUGACCUCGUCCGGAGACAUGACGUGUAUGAAGUGGGAUAUCGAGACGGGCACCAAAGUCAUGGAGUUCGCCGACCACCUGGGAGACGUCAUGAGCAUCAGCUUGAACCCGACAAACCAAAACACAUUCAUCUCCGGUGCUUGCGACGCUUUCGCCAAGCUGUGGGACAUCCGUGCUGGCAAAGCUGUGCAGACCUUUGCCGGUCACGAGUCUGACAUCAACGCCAUUCAGUUCUUCCCGGAUGGCCACUCUUUCGUGACGGGCUCGGACGAUGCCACCUGCAGACUGUUCGAUAUCCGAGCAGACAGGGAAUUGAACCUCUACGGCUCCGAAUCUAUCCUGUGUGGUAUUACUUCCGUGGCUACUUCGGUGUCCGGCCGUCUACUCUUCGCCGGUUACGACGACUUCGAGUGCAAGGUCUGGGAUAUUACUCGCGGCGAGAAGGUUGGCUCUCUGGUAGGCCACGAGAACCGUGUGAGCUGCCUGGGAGUUAGCAACGACGGCAUCAGCUUGUGCACAGGAUCUUGGGACUCAGUCUUGAAAAUCUGGGCUUACUAA